GAAAACAUUGGGUAAAGACUAAAGACGCAUCCAAAACAAUUUAAAAAUUAACUUCUAUAUGCUUAAAUAUGACUGAUAAAAAGUUUAAAUUUGCUGAAGGUGAGAAGGUUUUGUGUUUUCAUGGACCUCUCAUAUAUGAAGCAAAAGCACUAAAAGUUAAGGUACAGGAUAAACAAAUAAAAUAUUUAAUUCAUUACGCUGGAUGGAACAAAAACUGGGAUGAAUGGGUUCCUGAAAAUCGAGUUCUGAAGUACAAUGAAGCAAAUGUCCAAAAACAACAGGAAGUUUCAAAACAACAUAAACUUGCAGCUAAAAAUAAAAAAAGUGCGUCAAAAGGGAAGAAAGAUUCUAGCAGUGACUCAAGAGCGUCAACUCCUUCUAAAGAAAUCACAACCAAAGAUGUGGGAGCAACUUCUACACCUUCAGGUCCUAUACGUGGCAGACCUAUUAAAACAACUGGAAACACUGGUACAUCUAAUUCAGCAAAUAACUCCACAAGUGCAACAUCCAAAGAGAAGGAUAAAGAAAAAGAUUCUAAAAAAGAGGACAAAGAAAAAGAAAAGGAAGAAGAGCCAAAGAAAAAACGGGGGAAAAUUGAAAACUCUUCUGUAGAAACUGAAGAACAAUUUUUGACAAAAGUGGAAAUAAAAAUAAAAAUUCCUGAAGAACUCAAACCAUGUCUUGUAGACGACUGGGAUGCUAUUACACGUCAACAUAAGUUAAUUGAAAUACCUGCAAAAAUUACGGUGCAGAAAAUUAUGGAUAGUUAUUUAGAAUACAAAAAAUCAGCUAAAACAACUAGUGCUAGCAAAGAUAUUGCUGUUAAUGAUGUAGUAAAUGGACUUAUUGAAUAUUUUAAUGUGAUGCUGGGCUCGCAAUUGUUAUACAAAUUCGAAAGGCCACAGUAUUCCGAAAUCUUGACUCAACAUCCUGAUAAACCAAUGUCGAAAAUAUAUGGAGGAUUUCAUUUACUUAGAUUAUUUGUAAAACUGGGUUCAAUGUUGGCUUUUACACAUUUAGACGAAAAAUCAGUGCAAACUUUAUUAAUUCAUUUGAACGAUUUCCUUAAAUAUUUGGUAAAAAAUAGUGCAACUUAUUUUAGUAUGUCAAAUUUUGUUAAUUCAAGUCCAGAAUAUCAACGACAAACACAAUAAAAAUUUGUAUUAUAAAUCACAUAUUUGUGCUCUAAGCCUUGUUUUAUGUAUUCCUAAAAAUAAACAGAAAUAAAUACCUGUAG